AUGGCUGCUCCUGAAUCUGGGAAGGCCAGACCUGUGCUUAAGGGGAAUGAGGCCAAUCCCAAGUUCCAGAAGGAUGCACAGUGGAGUGGGACAAGAGGACAAGACCCAGGCCAGCUGGACAUGUUGAAGAAAGCUCAGGAGUUCUUCCAGACCUGUGACACAGAGGGCAAAGGCUUCAUCGCCAGGAGGGACAUGCAGCGGCUUCACAAAGAAUUGCCUCUCAGCUUGGAGGAUCUGGAGGAUGUGUUUGAUACCCUGGAUGCCGAUGGCAAUGGCUUCCUGACUCCAGAGGAGUUCACCACUGGAUUCAGUCAUUUCUUCUUUAGCCAAGAUAACUAUGACUCUGAUGAACAGAGGGCUCAGCCCCAGGAGGAGAAAAUCUAUCAGUCUAGGGGCGAAGAGGUGAUUGACAACAGGAAUGAAGAUGAGGAAGACAUUCAGUUCCACAUACUGAUGGAUAAACUUGGAGCACAGAAAAUUUUAGAAGAUGAAAGUGACGUUAAACAGCUUUGGGAGCAGCUAAAGAAGCGUGAGCCCCACUUGCUGUCCAACUUUGAGGAGCUUCUCUCCAGAAUAUUCUGCCAGCUCCAGGAAGCCCAGAAGGAGAAGGAUGAACUGGAAUGUGCCCUGAAAAAGAAAAUUGCCACAUAUGAUGAAGAAGUUCGGCAUCUCUAUGAGGAAAUGGAACAGCAGAUAAAAAACGAGAAGGAACAGUUUCUCUUAAAGGAUGUGAAGAGAUUUCAGUGCCAGAGUCAGGAGCUGGAGCAAAAGCUGGUAUCAAAGGAACAGGAGCUGGAGCAGCUUGUCCAGAAGCAGAAACGGCUGGAAGGUCAGUUCAUGGCCCUCAACAAUGACAAGCAUGAAACCAAAGCAGAGAACACUAAACUUAAACUCACCAACCAGCAACUGGCCAAGGAACUGGAGCGGACCUCGAGCGAGCUCCAGUAUGCUCAGCUGCAGCUGGAGAGCCUGCAGAAAGAGUCCUGCAAGCUGCAAGAGGAGAAGGAGAUGGAAGUAUACCGAGUGACAGAAAAUUUGCAGAGGGAAAAGACAGGACUUUUGAAACAGCUGGAUUUCUUAAGGGAAAAGAACAAGCACCUACGGGAUGAACGGGACAUGUGUUUGCAGAAAGAUAAAGCAGCAACCACAUCAAAAGCAAACUGGAAGCAAAGAUCUGGCUCUGUCAUAGGAAAAUAUGUAGAUGGAAAAGGUAUCCCUAGACGUCAGUCAACUGAGGAGGAAGAUGUGUUCAGUAUACCAAGAAGGAGAAGCUCCGUUGGCCUGAAUGGGAUGACAGAUGGGGAUCCUGAGGCCAGUGGGCCAGGUCUUCGGCUCAGGAGGAUUAUCUCCAUUGAGGAAGAUCCCCUGCCUCAGCUUCUGGAUAGGCACUCUGAGGGACAGCUGAGUAGAUGUCCAGAAGAGGAGGAGAGCACUGGACAGCAUCAGGAGGAAAAGAACCAACAAGCACCACCAUUGGAACCCACAUCUCCUCGAGGGCAGCCAGUGGGAAAAGAAACAGGGAUCCAGGAGAAGAGUUCUUCCAACUCCCCAGAUCGACUUUUCAAGAUCAUAUUUGUGGGCAAUUCUAGCGUGGGCAAGACAUCGUUUCUGAGGAGGUUUUGUGAUGGCAGAUUUUCCCCAGGCACGGCAGCCACUGUUGGGCUAGAUUACCAAGUGAAGACAUUGAAAGUGGACAAAUCCCAGGUGGCCUUGCAGCUGUGGGACACAGCUGGGCAGGAGAGGUAUCGCUGCAUCACCCAACAGUUCUUCCGCAAGGCAGACGGUGUCAUCGUGAUGUACGACAUCACAGACAAGCAGACAUUCCUGUCCAUCCGCCAGUGGUUGACAAGUGUCGAGGAAGCCGCUGGAGAGAACAUUCCCAUCCUCCUUCUGGGCAAUAAGGUUGACAAUGAAAAAGAGAGAGAAGUCCCCCAGGGACAUGGAGAACGUCUUGCCAAGGAGAACAAUUUGAUCUUCUAUGAAUGCAGCGCAUAUUCGGACCAUAAUGUCAAAGAAUCAAUGCUUCACCUCGCCAGGAUCCUCAAGGAACAAGAAGACACUGUGAGAGACAAUAUCGUCCAGGUCUACCAUCAACCCAAGAAGAAGUCCUGCUGUGGCCAGCAGUAG